GAUAGUGGAAAGAGUGAAAGAAGUGUAAACUUGAGGGAGAGUCACUCACGCACAGAGGAAGAACAGGACAGACACUGAGAAAGUGUGCAAGCAUGCCAGCAUACACCACCAACAUGAGGAUCAAGUUCCCCGUUCUGGCCUUGAUACUGGAAGCUGUGACCAUUAUCCUGUAUGCUCUUUUUGUGGUUUAUGAUACUGGGGAUGCUCAUGGACUUGAGGGGGGUCACCAUGCUACAGGGAAUGAAAGUCAUCCUAAAAGCCCAAUGACCCUCUACCCCAUGUUUCAGGAUGUACACGUGAUGAUCUUCAUUGGCUUUGGUUUCUUGAUGACUUUCCUGAAGAGAUAUGGCUUCAGCAGUGUGGGCCUCAACCUGUUGUUGGCUGCCUUUGGCUUGCAGUGGGGUCUUCUCUUCCAGAACGUUUGGGAAAUGCAUGGUGGCAAAAUAAGAGUGUCCAUUGAUCGGAUGAUUAAUGCUGACUUCAGCACAGCAACUGUUCUGAUCUCUUUUGGAGCCGUUCUAGGAAAAACCAGCCCUGUCCAGCUUCUCAUCAUGACCCUAUUGGAGAUCACCAUCUUCUGCAUCAAUGAGCAUUUGGUUGUGGAAGUCAUUAAGGCUUCUGAUGUAGGUGCCUCCAUGACCAUCCAUGCUUUUGGGGCUUACUUUGGAUUAGCUGUUGCCCGUGUUCUUUAUCGCCCUGGUCUUCAGAAUGGCCAUGAGAAUGAUGGAUCAGUUUACCACUCAGACAUGUUUGCAAUGAUUGGCACAGUCUACCUGUGGAUGUUCUGGCCCAGCUUUAAUUCUGCUAUUGCUGAACCUGGUGAUGCUCAGCUUACGGCCGUUAUCAACACAUAUUUCUCUCUGGCUGCUUGUGCUCUCGCUGCCUACGCCACCUCCAGUCUGGUGGAGAAGAGGGGGAAACUUGACAUGGUCCACAUUCAGAACGCCACGCUGGCUGGAGGUGUUGCCGUGGGUACUUGUGCUGACAUGAACAUCCAGCCAUUUGGAGCAAUGUUGAUCGGAAUUGUUGCAGGCAUUAUCUCCACCCUUGGCUUCAAGUUCCUCACUCCCAUACUCGCCUCCAAACUUGGAAUCCAAGACACCUGUGGUGUGCACAAUCUACACGGCAUGCCGGGCAUCCUGGGUGGCUUUGCUGGCAUUGUGGCAGCAGCACUUCAUAGGAAGGAAGGUGUUUCAGCAGCUUCUCAGGCAUGUGGUUUGGGAUCAUCCCUUGGGUUUGCUUUGGUGGGCGGGUUGAUCACAGGUCUGAUUAUGAAGAUUCCAUUUUUGGGACAACCACCUGACCAAAACUGCUUUGAUGAUAACAUCUAUUGGGAGCUACCCGAGGAAGAAGAGGAGACCGAACAACAUUUGGCUCACGGGGAUUAUUCCAAGAACAUAGCAGAGGCUUAAAAUGCUCUUCUCCAAACCGACUUCUUUACAAAUCAAGAGACCUCAUCCAAUAAGCACCUCAAGGGAUUUUCAACCAUUAGCAACUCCACCAAUUACUGAAAUAUUUCAAACAGUGAAUCCACAUAUAUGAGGAGAUGUCAUGUAUUAUAUUGUAUUUGGUGUUUUUUUACGAAUAUAUGUUGCUGAAAUUAAAACAUGCAUGUAACUCAUUAUUACACAAAUAAGUAGUCUCUAAAACCUUCUCAUAUUAGGCAUAACAUAACAUGGUUAAAAGCAUAUUACCAAAAAGUUACAAAGUUCAUAAUUUGACAACAAUGACAACAAUGAAUUAAAAGAACAAUAAUAGAAAUGGCACAAUUAAAAAUCUGUUGUCGGCAUGAAAAGAACUGAUCGUGCAAACCAGAUUCUAUGGAGCUUAUAAACAUUAAGUGUUGUCAGGACAGUCAAAGUUGCUCACUGUAAAGUGCCAAAAAUCUGAGCCAUUGUGAGACUUCUUGCCUAAGUGUCUUUUCUCCAAGUAGUUCAAUAAGCUUUUUUUAACCAUAGCCACCUUUUGUCAUCACUAAAGAUAUAUCUUCACUGAGGCUUCAUAAGUAUUUUUGCAAAUCAUGCAUAUUAGUUCAUAUACAAAGAGAGAUCCUUCAACAUGAAAAAGUUUUAUCAACAAUUAUAAUUAGCCAUUAUUGUAAUCAGUAAAACCCUUUAUGUAAUGAUAUAUGAAUUAUUUUAAACAAUUGUAUCCUGAAAACUAACGCCAACUUUUAUAUAUUCACACAAAGUCUAAUUAUUUAAUUUGAACUCAAAUACAUUACAGAUUGUGUAACAUCAUCUUUUCUUUAAGGAUUAUUGUAAAAAAUUAUGCAAUUCGAGAGCCUACCUUAAAAGCUCUUUCAUUGCUCUCUCAGUUAGCAGUACAAAUAAGUAGAUGUGAUUGCUUGCAUUUGGUGAGACUUUUGAAUAUCAUGUUAUUUUAAUUUUAAGAAAACAUUCAAUGUAUAACAUCAUGGACAUUUGUCUUAAUGUAAACUGACUAACUGAUUUAACUUUUGUGUUUUUGAAUUUGUGUUCUCAUAUGCUUCUCUCCCAAAUUUGGCACCACUUAAUUGUAUUUGAAAGGUCUGUGAAUGUAUUAAACUUUUACUGUCAUUUAUAAAUUUGGCCUGAAUUUA